AUUUAGUGGCCAUUUUCUCCUGGCUAGCUCCCCAAGUAGCCGCCAGCUCAUUCCUUCCCCCGACAUCGACCUCGCACCCACCUCCCCUGCCUCCCUCUCUCUCCCAAAAUCACAUAUAAUCACCCCAUACACCCUCCCAAUCCUCCAUUCAAUUCCUACCCAAUUCUCUCUCCCUCCCUCUCACCGCAUUAGCAUCAUCAAGCCUCCAUCUUGAUGAUGUUCCGUCACACUUUGUCCGCAACAUCAUAGAACUCCCUUAACAUUCUCAUCCUAUAGCUUGUCCUCUCCCUUACCAUUCCCUACGCAUUCUCUCCUUCAUCCAUUCGCCACUCCCCUGCCCCCACACAGUACAAGAAAUGGGUCGCGGCGGCAAGCUCGGGCCCUCCUCCGAUCCCCAGCUCGAGGAUGCCCUCCCUCCCCACCGGGGCCUCCGCUCCCGCAGGUGGAAGCUCGUCCUCAUCUCCCUGCUCGCCCUCGCCCUCCUCCUCGCCUCCGCCAUCUCCGCCAUCCUCCUCAUCGGGCUCCGGAGCCGGACCUCAGGCGACUCCCGGGGCCGCCGCCCGACCCAGGCCAUCUCCCGCACGUGCUCCAAGGCCCGGUACCCGGACCUCUGCGUCAGCUCGCUCCUGGACUUCCCGGGCUCGAUGGUGGCGAGCGAGCAGGACCUCAUCCACAUCUCCUUCAACAUGACCCUGCAGCACUUCAACAGGGCUCUCUACCAGUCCUCCGGCAUGAACUACCUCCAGAUGGAGCCGAUCGCGCGCUCGGCGUACGACGACUGUCUCGAGCUCCUCGGGGCCUCCGUCGAUGCGCUCUCCCGGUCGCUCUCCGCCGUCGGGGGAUCGGGAUCCCCGGCGCCGGCGGAGGACAUCGUGACGUGGCUGAGCGCGGCGCUGACGAACCAGGACACGUGCGGGGAGGGCCUCGCCGACGCGAGCGGCGGCGUGAAGGAUCGGAUGGCGGCGGGGCUCAAGGACCUGGAGGAGCUGGUGAGCAACUGCCUGGCGAUAUUCGCGGCCUCGGACGGCGGCGGGGACUUCGCCGGCGUGCCGAUCGAGAACCGGAGGAGGCUGAUGGACGUGGCGGGAGGAGGAGGGGGAGUACCGAAGCCCGACGGCGGCGGCGGCGAGUAUCCAGAGUGGCUAGGGGAGAGAGAGAGGGAGCUGCUGGACAUGCCGGCGGCGGAGGUACAGGCGGACAUAGUGGUGGCGAAGGACGGAGCGAGCGGGACGUACAAGACGAUCGCGGAGGCGAUAAAGAAGGCGCCGGAGAGCAGUGGCCGGAGGAUCAUCAUCUACGUGCGAGCCGGGAGGUACGAGGAGGAUAACUUGAAGGUGGGGAAGAAGAAGACGAACCUCAUGUUCAUCGGCGAUGGGAAGGGCAGAACGGUCAUAACGGGCGGCAAAAGUGUAGCCGACAAGAUGACCACGUUCCACACCGCCUCCUUCGCGGCGAGCGGAGCCGGUUUCAUUGCCCGCGACAUGACCUUCGAGAACUACGCCGGGCCGGAGAAGCACCAGGCGGUGGCUCUCCGGGUAGGAGCUGACCAUGGCGUGGUCUAUAGGUGCAGCAUCGUUGGCUAUCAGGACACGCUCUACGUCCACUCGAAUCGCCAGUUCUUCCGUGAAUGCGACAUCUACGGGACCGUUGACUUCAUCUUUGGCAACGCAGCCGUGGUCAUCCAAAAGAGCAACAUCUAUGCCCGGAAGCCCAUGGCCAAGCAAAAGAACACCAUCACGGCCCAGAACCGCAAGGACCCCAACCAGAACACCGGCAUUUCGAUCCAUGCUUGCCAGAUCGUCGCCGCUCCAGAUCUCGAGGCAUCUAAAGGAAGCAUCCCGACGUACCUCGGGCGGCCAUGGAAGAUGUACUCGAGGGUUGUGUACAUGUUGUCCUACAUGGGCGAUCACAUUCACCCCGAAGGGUGGCUGGAGUGGAACGGAGACUUUGCGCUAGACACUUUGUAUUACGGAGAGUACAUGAACGAUGGGCCUGGGGCAGCCGUCGGCCUACGUGUGAAAUGGCCUGGUUUCCGAGUCAUCACAUCCACAACAGAGGCAAACAAAUUCACAGUCGCGCAGUUCAUAUUUGGAUCUUCAUGGUUGCCGUCCACCGGGGUGGCAUUCGUGGCUGGACUAUCAACUUGAAAGUUGAAAGUGACAUUUACAGAUACGAUAUGUUGUGCCGAGAACCCCCUUGUAUUGGUGGUUCUUAUUUAUUUACUGAGCUUAAGAUUUAGGUCGUUUUCCUUAUAUUUUUUCUUCGAAAGUGAAAAAUAAUCAAAUGUAGAAAAGCCACAAUUUCGUAAUGCCAUUAUUCUUCAUUAUUCC